AUGGCAGAAGAAAAGAGAAAAAUACUCUUCUCUCCAAGCUUAGUCGGAUUCUGGGUCCCCAUUCUGGUCGGCGUUUGUGACUACUUUGGCCCUGGGCUCCACAAUAUUGUGCCAGCACCUUUCCUUGCCAUUUUCAUGUCUCUCUGCUAUUUAGAGAGGUUAGGGCCUGGAGGACCAUCCCCAUUAUCCACAUUAUCUUCAUCUAUAUGGUCACGAGCUGCAAUCCUUCGAAAUCUCUAUCUAUUUCUCUGUAUGGCUCUCGGAAAAGGACUUGCCUACCAAACCCCUAUAGGAGAGAAUGGAGACAGUGAUCUGGGUUCAUCGAUGCUAUUGGGGUUCAGUCUCUCAGUUGUUCAGUUGGUAGCCCUUUGGAUCCAUUUGAGCUGGCAAGAAAGGUUUAUGAAACCGGAUGAGGCAUUUCAAAAUGGAGUGAGAGCUUUGGUGGCAACUAUGGUCUUGCCGACUGUGUGGGUGGCCCUUUUCACAGUGGUAUAUGCUGUUAGUCCAUUAGGGACUGUGGGAUCUAUUGCUUAUUCCCAGCUUGACAACCAGCCCUUUGUACGAUGGGUGGCCGUUGCUGGUAUUGGAGGACUUGAGUUUAUCAUGGUCUGGACUUCAGUAAUGAUUGGUCGCGGUUUCACCCACUUGAUGCGCACACAUUAUUACAAAAAAGGCGGUGUCUAUGAUGUGGACCCUAUUGAAGCCAACAUGCGGAGACAAGCUGGAGAGGCCCGGUCAGGAGUAUUUGCACCGAUGCCUAUAUACCUGUUUAUGAUGAUGAUUGUCUUGUUGUAUGGAUCCAUUCAGGCCAAUGGGAAGUAUAGAUUGAAUUAUUCUCCCAGACGGAUUUCUUGUCUGUCGACAACAAGUGAUAUGUCAGCACAAAUUCCAUAUGGAUUUCCUUCCGAUAUUCAAAGUUACCAGUUCAACCGAACAGUUGAGAUGGCGAAAGAUGGAUCUAAUGUAGUGGUCUGGAGUGAGAAAGCGAUACGUAUUACGUCUUCACAAGAGCGGAACGACUUAUGGGCACAAGCAAAGAAUGUCUCUAUGACGUACAAGACAUAUGUUGGUAUCGCUUAUGAGGAUUUUGAUAAUAGCACAGGCAAUAAUAAGGGCAAGAGUAUAUUUGUGAUGUAUAGCGGGAACGGCAAUGUUGCAUUUGAGUACCAAAAAGCUCAUCUAAAGCCUAGGAUCGAUAACGAUUUUUUGCCAGGGCCUAGUAAUCAGCCCGCAGCAGAAAGAAAAGCAUCCUCUUUCAGCCUUGGGGUUAUUGGAGGAGCAACUGAAUUUGAUUUAAAUUUCCAGACAUUCUCAAAGGGAAUUAAGCAGAAAAAUAUCAAUUUAUUGAUCAGCUUGAGCAGGUCUACUACUUUCAAUGGAUUGACCUUCUUUCCUCUCCUUUUGCCUUAUAAAGCUAGUUUCGUACGUCAAGAGGCUGCUGUGCAAGCAUUCAGAGCUAUGGAGCAAGGCAUCACUAUCUUUUCAUGCGGCGCACUUCGCUCCAUAGCCUCAAAUUACUAUAAUCCAAUGAUAGUUGGAAGUGAAACAUCCUCUCGUAAUUCAAACACUGUUAACAUUGAAGUACAUGACAAAGUCUGGACUAUGUACCAGGUAGUAGGGGACCUUUGGGCCUACAUCUGUUGCGCUCUUACAGUCAUUACAUUAGCUUUGCUUGUAUUGCCUGAGAGGAUUGUAAAUCGACUGUUUGCAUGGAUCACCAAGAGGAAGAAAGGAAGAAAUAGUGAUGACUAUGUCGAGGCUGAUGGCUAUAGUGAUCGUGCCCAAGAGGUUCCUCUUAAUAUAUUGGAUGAGCCACUCGAGUGUAAAUAG